CUCGUUUUCGCAAAUGACGGUCUGGCGCAUAGGGACACAAGAUUAGGUGUAAACACUAGCGGAUCAAGCGAACUCUUUAAUGACCACCUCUUCUUAUGAUUUCGAGUGAUCGUCGCAUGCUAAGCCGAGACAAAGACAUAAGUGAUAUCCCACUGCAAGGCGGCACAACAAGGCAUCCAAGGGUGACAUCGUCCGUGCGCCAGCAACACUAGCCUUCUGUACACGAUGGUGAGUCCGACGCACAACCCUACCACAACCCACGAUGGACAUAUCUGCGCUAGUAAAUCACGAUGGGGAAGCAUCGGUGCUACCGCGCCGUUCACUCUCCAAUCCCCAAUCACUCUUCUCAUCCUCCCCCGUCACUCCCGCCGCAAAGAUACCGACGCCUAAACCCAGCCAGAAGCAGAUGUCGCUCAAGCGGAAACGCCAUGACCCCAAGCCGAUAUGGGCCUAUCGUGAAGGUGAAGAACUCCCGCCUGAGCUCAAGCAGCUGCAAGAGCAACAACGCCAACAAUCACGUCUGCCUCCACCUGUCAUAGCCCAGCCGCAGCCGCAUGCGCAAGCUAUACCAUCGCAUCACCCGCCGCCUCGACCUCAACCUUCACCCAACGCCGAGCGCAACGGACACGCGCCGAGCGAAACCGGCGCGCCUCCCCCAGCAGUCGGUGUUUCCGGACUCGCAGGCUUCGAGCGGCCCAUCUCAGACGAUGCGCAAAUCUACGAUGACGUCUCGCGCAACGUAUGCGACUUCAUAUGGAACACGGCUGUCAACAACGAAACAGUGCGCAACGCCAUCGUGGAUCCAAAGGUGCAGCUCGAGGUCGAAGCACGCUGGGGUCAGAUCCUAGAGAAAACGACGAACCAGCGAAUACGCGGCUUCUGGCGCACCGAAACCGUAAUAAACACCGAGAUGCUAGAAGUCAAGUUCGAGAGCACUAUGACUGUUCAACAACAUAAGCGUAUGAACAUGUACCUCAACACGCAGGUCCAACAUUCCAAGACAUCUGGAGGUUCACGUCCCGCGAUCAACUAUAGACAUACCUACGAGACGGACAUUUUUUAUGAGCUCGACCAGGACGGCUUUUCCAAGUUAAACCCUAUAGUCCAGCGCCUCAUUAGCGCAUCUGGAAGCCGACAAAAAGUCCGUGUGACGCGCGACAUGAAGACGGGCGAGUUCCUACGAGCCAUCAUAAAACACCGAAUAGGCAACCUCGAAGUCAGCUCUCCCAAGACGGAAUGGGACUACCGCAUCGGCAUCAACCUCGAAAUCGACUUUCCGGGUCCAAUCGAGAGCCUCAAGCCCGCUCUGGAAGGAGGCAAGACACUGGAGAGUAUGCAGCGGCAAAAGGAUCGCAUGUCGUACUCGUGGCUGGGCGCGUACCAAGUCGAUCUGACCCAGGUCACGCAAGGAACCAGCAAGAACCACGAGCUAGAGCUCGAACUGGACUCUGGUGUUCUCAUCGCAGAGGCGGACAAAGUGAGGCGGAAGGAGGUGACCAAGUUUGAGAGCUUGAUCAACGGUAUGAUGAAUAAUCUGCGGGUUCUGUCGCGUGAAAUCACGCCUCCUGUUCCCGGUGCGUAGACAGGAAAGCGCUGGAGAAGGAGCUUGUAUUACUACUACUACUAUUAUUAUUAUUUCUAAACGGCGUUGAACACCCGGAAGCAUACAAGGGCUCAGCAGCAUGGGGUGGAGUUUACACAUUCAAAUCAAGAUACCCAAUUCUCGCUAUGUUGUAUUCCAUCUGAUGAUUGACAUGA